UGAGUUUCCUGCGCAGUACGCUUCUGCGCAGGCCCCCCGACUCAUAGCGGCGCAAUGCACCACGGUCCUUCCUUUCUCUCCGAGGCCAUAUUGGGGAUAUCUCACAGUUGGCCGGUACCGGACUAAAACCAGCAAACAUGGUGGCCGCGAAGAAGACGAAAAAGUCGAUGGAGUCCAUCAACUCCCGACUCCAGCUGGUGAUGAAGAGUGGAAAGUACGUCCUGGGCUACAAACAGUCCCAGAAGAUGAUCCGUCAGGGGAAAGCCAAGCUGGUCAUCCUGGCCAACAACUGCCCUGCCCUCAGGAAAUCUGAGGUCGAGUACUAUGCCAUGCUGGCCAAGACCGGUGUCCACCAUUACAGUGGAAACAACAUUGAGCUUGGCACAGCCUGUGGUAAAUACUUCAGGGUGUGCACACUGGCCAUCAUCGAUCCUGGCGAUUCUGACAUCAUCAGGAGCAUGCCAGAUCAGCAGCAGCCACCUCAGUAAAAAUGUUCCCCACCCUGAUGUCAUGAAUAAAGUCGGAGCUAACAGUU